AUGGCAAAAAGUAAAAAAUCAAAAUCAAGUGAAGGAGAUGGUGAGAGAAACGCAGACACUAAGAAACUAAAAACAAAAGAUUCUAGUAAUGCUAUGUCUUCGGGGCCAAUAUCAUUAAUAUCCGAAGGAAGCUUAAAGAUUUCUUUGUUAGUGAAGCCCGGAGCUAAAGAAUCGCGUGUUAGCGAUAUCUCAGAGGAUUAUAUCGGAGUACAAAUUGCAGCACCGCCCAGAGAUGGCGAAGCAAAUAAGGAAAUAGUGUCAUUCUUAGCUCAGGUAUUCCAAACACGGAAAACAGAUAUUUCUAUAAUGUCCGGAAUGAAGUCUCGAGAAAAGGUGGUGAGAGUAGACGGUGGUAAAGACUUAUCAAUAGAAAAGAUACGAGAAUCACUGGAAUCUAACAUGCAGCAAUAG